CCUAGUCUCCUCUUUGCCUGUGAUGUAUUUAAUAACGCUACAGACAACACGAUGAACUGUCUUCAUACUCAAAGGCAAGCUCUGGGGCACCGACUGCGAACCCACCAACGCGUUCGCCCCCCGGCUCGCCCGCGAGCAGCGAGCGUGAACAAGGAAGCAGCGGUGCAGGCGGCUGUAGAGGUACUAGCGAGCCAGAAAAUAUCAGGAGAUGGAGGCAGCGAUGCGCUGGCCUCCCUUCAGGAAUCCGCCGUGGUUGACACGGCCUUGCCCUCCCCCUCCUCCCCCUCCUCCCCUUCCCUUGCCUCCUCCACGCCAGCUGCCACCGCCGCCUUCUCCAGCCCUAUAGCCCAUCCCGCCGUAUUCGUGUCGGGCCUUGUGCUGUACAGUGUGGUGGCCGUGGACGUGUUCCACCCAGACUCGGCACACCUGCUGCAGCCUCUGGACUCGGGGCUGCACGAGUGGGUGCUGUCGAAUCUGGAUCCAGGGCUGCGACGGGCGCUGUUUGGAACCGUGCUGAGUAACGGCUGGCUGCUGGCAGCUACCAUUGGCUGGAUCUUCACAACCGCCACAGCCAUGACCCGCAACAACCCCCUGGGCUGGCAGGCGUGUGCGCUGGGCUGGCUGCUGUGGGUGCACUUCGUGGGCCCCGUGGAGCACGACCCUACGCUGAUGGACAUGCUGAAGCAGUCGUUCGGCCGCCUGCGCCCCUCGCCCAUCCACCGCACCGCCUCCUUUCCCUCCGGCCACACCGCCGCCGACGUCAUGACGGUAGGCGCGCUGCUUUUCGUACUGCUGCCCGUGGUGUACGGCAGCAGGCAGCAGCAGCAGGGGCAGCAGCAGCAGGAAGGGCAGCAGCAGGAGCAGGGGGAGCAGGGGCAGGGGCAGGGACAACGGCAAGCAGCCGGCAGCAGUGGCAGUAGCAGUGGCGGUGCAGUGGCCGGCUUCGCGCAAGCGGUGAAGGACAAGAUCUACGCGGCCCAGGAGCACGCGGGCCCCCUGCUGGCCGCGUCCGCCGCCACCACGGUGGUGGGGCGUGUGGGCGCCGAUGCGCACUGGCUGAGCGACACGCUGGCGGGCGGCGGCCUCAGCCUGGCGCUGGUGUCGGGGCUGGCCAUGGCCACGGCGCAGCUGGCGCAGAGGCAGCAGCAACAGGAGCAGGGGCAGCAGGGGCAACAGGGGCAGGGGCAGGAGGGGCAACAGGGGCAGUAGCUAAGGAGGCAGAAGCUGGGGUAGCAGCAGGGGUAGCAGCUGGGGUAGCAGCAGAGGUAGCAGCAUGGGUAGCAGCAGAGGUAGCAGCAGGGGCAACACGGGCGACAAGGGCGUGUGCGUGUGCGAUGGGACAGCGUUAAGGCAGGUUGGCGGGCGACAAGGACAGUAGCGCGGAGGAGCAGUAGCGGUAGCAUUGUGGCAAUAGUGGCAGUAGCGACCAGGGGAGGAGCGGUAGCAGUAGUAGCUGAAGUAGCAUUUGCAGUGGAGCUGCAGGCGGGCGGGUUGUGGCUAGGACGUGGCCCGCUGUGGCUGGCUGGCCGCAUGCUGCCGCCUAGCUCCGACAGAAUUGUCUGGCACCGUGCGCGUUCAUGGGUCACUGCAUGUAAGGACGUGGGCCA